CCCGACGGUGCGGGGAGCGCGGCCCGCGGAGCGCGCUGCCGCCUGCGCGUCCGGGCUGUCCUGCACCGCGAUUUUCCUUUCUUUCCUCUUUUUCUUUUCUUAUCCCACUUCCCUCCCGGGACUGGAAGCUGGAUCCGCGUCCCUGAAACUGCUAUGCCAGCUGAACUCUCCCGGGCCGUGGGAAUGCACGCCAUCUCCGACCUCCACUCCUCCCUCCCCCUGCGGCUCCUCAACAAGGGGCCCGAGUACCUCCGCAAGCAGCUGGAGGCCGGCAAGCCGGGCAGGAAAAGUGCCGUGGAGAGACUGGCCGCCGAUAAGGCCAAGUACGUAAAGAGCCAGCAGGUCAUCAGCACCAGGCAGGAUCCCGUCAUCGCGCUCAGCUCAGCCUCGGAGAGCAGCAGCGAGACCUGUUCCGUGGAGAGCAAAGCAGCGAGCAGGGACCUGGGCAGAGGGACGGGCGCGAAGCCCCUGGAGCUGGGCAAGGCGGUGAACUCCUGCCGAGCCCCCCUGCAGCACGGUGCCCCCAUCGCCAGGCGCAGCACCAAGAGGCAGAUGCGGCCGGAUUCCCUAGUGAUCUACCGUCAGAAAUGUGAGCUUGGGAGAGGUCAAAGCCAGGACAGCUCACGGGGGAACUUGGUGAGGAGGAUAUUCCACGGGUCCAUAAAGGAGAAGCAGUUGGCGUCCCCUGAGUUGCCCAGAGUCAUGGAGGACAUCGCAGCCAGCGAGAGCAGCGAGCCUCUCUCAGCAAAGGAUGGUGACCAUGAGCCAAGCCACCAUGGAGCGGUGCAGACUGUCCCUGUGAGCACUGAAGGGGCAGGGAUAUCUACAAAGGAGCAUGAGAGACCCUCAAAACUGAGUACACCUCCUGCAGAGGUCAAGGAGGUGAAGAGGAGAGGUCUCCAUCGCUCCCAGUCGGACAUCAGCUCUCGCUACUCCAAGUCUUUUGCUGAGUUUGAAACAUUUUUCAAGUACUGUGGCCUGGAGCAGGAGGUCAUUGAGGAUCUUGGGAGAGAGAACUUCUCCGUGGUGUCUGACAAUGUCUCCUUCAAGAUCCGCAGCAUCAGCGUGGCAACAUCCGAGAGUGAGUUCACGAGGCACAGCGGGGAUGAGGGGCUGCUGGAGGACGAGCUCACAGAGCAGGUCCCCAGCAGCACCUCCGUGAUUGAGCGCAACGCUCGGAUAAUCAAAUGGUUGUACACGUGUAAGAAAGCCAAGGAGACUAACAAGGUGAUCCAGGAACUGGCAUGAUGGCUUCAUUCAGCAUGGGUUGGAGCCUGAUGAACUCAAGAAUUGUUGACUUGGAAGUUGAACAAAACCAGACGCGGGAAGAAACUUUUCCCUCAUCUGGCUUGUGUCUACUUUGUCUAAGUUUAGUAUUUUAUUAUUGCUUCCUACCUUCACCGCAUCCCCUGGAAGCCCAAGGGUGUCCAAGACUGCAGCAAAAAGUAGAGAUUGUGAACUGUGCCCCAGAAAGACAGCAGGAAACAAAAGCCCCUGGAAAAGCGAAGUGUGGCAGCAGCUGCUAUCCACAAUAAUAUUCAACAUCAGCUCACUGCCUCAGGAUGUCAUUCCAGGCUGCGACAGAAGGUCUGUGUUGUGCACCCAUCUCUUUCCAGCAAUGAAUUUGUCAACAAGGAUGGAGGGAGAAAGUGGGAAUGAAGUGGCAAUGACCUCAGGGUCAGGUGUUCCCUUGCAGACAGACUCCACCUGGAUGUUUAAAGGCUCUGCCUUACCAGGGCUGUUUGAUCAGAGCUCAUCCUGACGUCAUUCAACAUCAUUUGCUGGGCUGGUGAGGACUAACUGUGGCAGCCUUACCUGAGAUACUUGGCAAACAUGUUGUAAGCUAAAUCCAUGCCAAACCUCUCUUUCUCUGAGAGUGUGCAAGCCAAAUUGGUGCAUCUUGUAUCCAUCUAGUUUGCUCUUGCUAGUUUGUCACACUGCUUGCUCAGCCAUUGGAAAAGAAUAGCACAAAAUACUUCCAGGAGCAUGGUUCCAAGAAACAGGUAUUGAGAGAGGUUUUGCAUUGUUUCUGCCUUGCAGAAUGGUACAAUUUGUUUGUAAUGUGUGCCUGACUCUGGCACUGCAAACAUUGCAGGGUUUGGCAGUUGUGGUGUCACACCUUUGGUUUGAUGCAGUGAGUGAGCAGGCUCUUACAGAAUCACGUUAGGGAGCUAUGCCAGGCUGUGCAAAGCCAUGCUUCCCUGGUGUGGGUCUGCAGGAGGGCUGUGCAAGGCGGCAUCGCUGUGCUGCAAGGCAGGAAGGCAUGUUAGGGUACAGCCAGGCCAGGGAAUGUCCUGAUGACACCCAGUGUAGACAGCACCCUACUUAAUAUCAUCAGUAAAAUGCUUCAUUUGGGUUCCCUGAGCUAAACGUGUUUUAAAAGGUGAUACUUUGUAUCAUUAGUGUAAUGAAUGAGGCCUAUGCACUAUCUCCCCAAUCUGUAGCUGCUUGCUAGAAAAUCAAAGCAUUUCAAAACACAAGACAAUGCAAAAAAAAAAAAAAAGCCAAAGCCACUUUCCCUUUCAUUUGCACUGAUGCCUGUCUGUGGAAGCUGCCCGACUGGCAUAAUGUUGACUUCACCUGUUGGCCCAGCAGAGGUUAAAAGCUUACUUUGUGUUACCACAGUUGUGGAAGAGUUGCCCUUGAAGAGCUCGUUGACAUCAGCUAAAUAUCAUCUGUGUUUCAUUUCCAUGGGAUUUAAAUGUGCUUAUCAGUCCUUGGAUGGUUAG